AUGGUUAUCUCUCAUCACAUUGAUUCUGAGGAAUUGGAAGAGAAGGUGUUACACUCUCUCACCAAAACUCCCCUUGAUAAUAAGGAACAGUAUAUCUUCAAAUAUGACGCCAACGCUCUGGUUCCAAAGUAUGAGAUUCCAAUUCAAUCGCUGGAUGAAGAAUUGGUUUAUCGGUAUAUGUCCGAAGGUUUGGCUUUGGAUGGAAACCCUAAGCUUAACUUAGCCUCGUUUGUUAACACUGAGUUAUCACCAGUUCAACGAAGAUUAGUUGAAGAUAGUUUGGUCAAGAACUUGGCUGAUAACGAUGAAUAUCCAUCGUUAAUAGACUUGCAACAAAGAUGUAUUACCAUUUUGUCCAAUUUAUGGCAUGCUCCUAAAACGACCGAUCCUGUAACAGGAAAGCUGAAUGUCAAUUCUAUUGGAGUGGCUACCACUGGGUCUUCAGAGGCUGUUAUGUUGGGUGGUUUACUGAUGAAGAAGAGAUGGACAGAAAGACGUAAGAAGGAAGGGAAAUCAACAGAAAACCCCAAUAUCAUUAUGGCUUCAUGUGUUCAAGUUGCCUUGGAGAAGUUUGCUCGUUAUUUUGAUGUUGAAAAUAGGUUGGUUUCCAUUAGUGAAUCUCUGGAACAUAUGACUGAUGUAAACAAGAUCAAGGAAAAUGUCGACGAGAAUACCAUUGGAAUAUUUGUAAUUCUUGGAUCUACAUUCACUGGAGCCUUUGAUAAUGUUGAAUUGAUUUCGAAGACCUUGGAUGAAAUUCAAGAAGAAACUGGGUUUGAUGUUCCUAUUCAUGUUGAUGGAGCAAGUGGAGGAUUUGUAGCUCCUUUUGUGUAUCCUCAUUUGAAAUGGGACUUUGCUGUAUCCCGUGUGGUUUCAAUUAAUACUUCUGGUCAUAAGUUUGGUUUAACAUCUGCUGGAUUAGGAUGGAUUGUUUGGCGUGAUUCACUGUUGGUUCCUCAAUCAUUACGAUUCUCCUUGGAUUAUUUGGGAGGAGUUGAAGAAACUUUUGGGUUGAAUUUCUCCAGACCUGGGUUCCCCGUGAUCUUGCAAUAUUUUAACUUUUUAACCUUGGGAAGAGAAGGGUACACCAAGAUUUAUAACUCAUGUUUACAGAAUGCUCGGUUAUUGAGUGAAUUCUUGGAAGAAACUGGCUAUUUUGAAAUUUUAUCUGUGAUUCAUAAGAAGAUAAAGACUCAGGAGGAAAGAGAUAUGCUUUUUACUGGACAUUUUGAUCAUAAAAUGCAUGUUUCAGAUUCUACUACCAACGAAGAAUAUUAUCCUGGAUUGCCUGUUGUUGCCUUUAGAUUUUCAGAUCAAAUCCGUACUGAUUAUCCGGAGAUACCUCAAAGAAUCAUCUCUACUUUAUUGAGAAAUCAAGGGUUUAUUGUUCCUAAUUAUCAUUUACCUCCAGAUGAAGAGGAGAAACAACUUCUUCGGGUGGUGGUUAGGGAUUCGGUAACUUUGAAUCUAUUGGAGCAAUUAAUGCAAUCCAUUGUGAAAAACACAGAGUUGUUACUUUCAGCAUGUCUGACUGUUAAAGAUAUGAUCAAACACCAAGAAGAAACUUCUGAUGAUGAAAAGAGAGAAUUGGUUUAUAAGAUUUUCUUGUCUAUUGCUUCUAAUGGUACUGAAGAUGCAAGAGAAGCUUCCAUUCUGUUUAAAUCUAAAGAGAGAACAGACGGUAAGUCUACCAGAACAGUCUGUUAG